AUGUCUGCUGGACAUGAUGAAGUGUCAAACUACCUAAUCAAUCAGGUGGCAGCAAAAAUAUUUACGCCACUAAUGGCUAUUGCCAACUGCUCUUUCCAAGAAGGAGUAUUUCCAGAUAAACUCAAAUUAGUUAAAGUAGUACCUAUAUACAAAUUGGGAAAGGAUGGCAGUCCUAAUAACUACAGGCCAGUAGCUUUAGUAUCAGGCUUCUCCAAAAUAUUAGAAAUUCUCAUGCUAAACAGACAUAUUGCUUAUUUGGAAAAACAUAACGUGGUACUGUCUGGAGUUUUUCUUGAUCUAUCCAAGGCGUUUGACACAGUUGAUCAUACAGUCCUCGUAAAGAAACUAGAGAAUACUGGUAUUCGUGGACAUGCAGCAAACUGGAUAACAUCAUAUCUAAGUAACAGGAAGCAAUAUGUAAUUUACAGGACCAAUAAAAAUCACAAUCAAAGAUUCGAAACUUCCACUGGCCAUACACAAACAGACGAGCAAAAUAUAGUACGCCUAUCUAUUCCCUUAAAUAGCAUACUAGAAGUAAUCAGUAUAUAG